AUGGCUCGCAGCAAUUCGUCCACUUCGACCAGACUCGUCGUAGUCAUCAUCCUAUCGUUUGCCUUCUUUGCGUCCGAAAUUCUGAAUGAUCUGAUUGCAUUCUGUGUUGCUCUGGUUGCCGCAAAGCUGUCAGAUCGCAAGAAUGCUCCCGCAAGCCUUGCUUUCGGUUGGGAAAGAGCAAAAGUCCUCGGCGCCUUCUUCAAUGGAUCCUUCUUGAUCGCUCUUGGCCUGAGCAUCUUCCUGCAAGCCAUUGAACGUUUCAUAAACAUUGAAGUCAUCGAGGAGCCUCGCAAUGUUCUCAUCAUGGGAUGUAUAGGACUUUUACUUAACGUGGUCUGCAUCCUAUUGGUUCAUGAUCAUGGACAUCACCAUCACGGCUCUGGCAAAGAAACCAAAGCUGGUGUCCCCGUCCUUGAGGUGUCGGAUCUUGAAAAUCCAUCGAGAAAACAUGAACACGGCGACUUGGGACUCAAUGCCGUCGUCAUCCACAUCCUUGGAGAUGUCCUGAACAACCUUGGAGUCAUCGCUGCUGCCCUUGUCAUGAUGCUGGUCCGAUCGCUGAGCAGGUUCUACGCCGAUCCAGCUGUGAGCAUGGCAAUAGCGAUUAUGAUCGCUAGCAGCGCUCUUCCUCUUAGUGAGUCAAGUCACACUUCUAGUAAGAAGCCGAUCGUUGACAAAAAAGCCUUUCGGAGCGGACACAUCCUCCUAGGAAGCACACCGCCCAGCGCCCAGAAUGCAGCAGUAAUCCGAGAGCUCAACAAGAUACCAGGAGUUGUGUCGGUACAUGACCUCUGUGUCUGGCAACUGAGCCAGGAAAAGUCAAUCGCUUCGGCGCAUAUCGUCAUGUCACCCAUGGCCAGCCAGGAAGUAUUGUCGAGAAAUAGCUUGGAGAUAGAGGAGUCGCCCAUGCCAGAGCAGCCGGUAGAGACGAACAACGGACGACUUGCGCGUCUUGGCAAGUGUCUGCAUGGGUUCGGAAUUUACAGAAUGACCCUGCAGAUUGAAGAAACUCCGGUAAAAACCAAGGGAGUGCAAGAGCUUCGCGGAGAGAAAAGGUCGUAG